AUGCUCAUGAACUCCGCUGCCAGGCCCAUGCUGCUCUUCCGCGCGCUCGCGCGCCGCAGCGCCAGCUCACAGGCGUACACCGACGCCCUCGCCCACCUGAAGCAGGACCUCAAGAAGGCGAUGCUCGCCAAGGACGACACCAAGAAAACCACGAUCCGCUCGCUGCUGGCCACCAUUAAGAACAAAGAGAUCGACAGCCGCGACAAGCCGCUCGACCACUUUGCCCUCCACGACAUCUACUCCAAGCUGGUUGCGCAGCGUCGCGAGUCCAUCGAUGGCUUCCUCAAGAAUGGCCGCGAUGACCUGGUCCAGAAGGAGCAGCUGGAGAUGCAGCUGAUCCAGGCCUACAUGGCCGCUCUGCCUGUCGCCUCCGCCGAAGAGCUGGCCGCCCGCGCCGACGCCUUCCUACACGAACUUAAGAGUACACAUGGCGCGCUGCCCCUCCCCAAGGUCUUCGCCCAGGUCUCCUGGCCGACCGUCGCCCAGGACUGGAACGCAUCGCCCGCAGCAGUGCGCUCGGCCCUUGCCGCAGCCUUCAAGAAGAGCUCAUGA